UCUCAAAAUACUGAGCGAAAGUCCAUAUCCAGGAGAGCCUUCUUGUCAUAUCGAAACAUCAGCAGACCCCAUCAACUAUUUUGCCAUCCUCUCCCUCUUGUCUCUCUCAAUACAGUUCAGGGUACUGCUCAAACGCCGCGUUUUGCCGAGGAUUGUGUGUACUUUUUGAUGGGCUGUUGUCAGGGGCUGCUGAUCAGAGCCUGUUGCUGAUUGACUCAAGGGUAUUGUGAAUUUUUUAAACUCUGGACAAAAUGGGACUGUUCAAUUUUCAUGCGACAAUCAAAUGUGCAUCUUGAAGCUGGAUUAUUUCUUCUUAUUCCUCUAUAUAUGAAGUGGGGAAUAAUACACCUUUGUUGAUUGAACUGGAAGCAUGGCUACCCUCUAUGAUAUAGCAGUAGCAGCAGCAAUCAAUAUCCUCACUGCAUUUGCUUUCUUUAUAGCAUUUGCCAUUCUAAGGAUUCAACCUUGCAAUGAUCGUGUCUAUUUUCCAAAAUGGUAUCUGAAGGGUUUAAGGAACAGCCCAUUAAGCUCGGGUGUAUUUGUGAAGAGGUUUGUCAAUUUGGACUUUAGAUCGUACCUGAGGUUUCUGAACUGGAUGCUAGCUGCCUUGCAAAUGCCAGAACCUGAGCUUAUUGACCAUGCAGGAUUGGAUUCUGCUGUUUACUUGAGGAUUUACUGGACCGGGCUUAAAAUUUUUGUUCCUAUUGCAUUGCUUGCCUUUUCAAUCAUGGUACCAGUGAACUGGAGCAAUGGCACAUUAGAGCAUUCUGGUUUAACUUACAGCAAUAUUGAUAAGCUUUCUAUUUCAAAUGUUCCAACUGGAUCACCCAGAUUUUGGACUCAUUUGGUAAUGGCUUAUGUUUUUUCCUUCUGGACGUGUUAUGUGUUGAAAAAGGAGUAUGAAAUAGUUGCAACAAUGAGGUUACAUUUUCUUGCAUCAGAACGACGCCGGCCAGAUCAGUUUACGGUGAUUGUGAGAAAUGUGCCAUCUGACCCUGACGAAUCAGUUCUUGAGCUUGUGGAACAUUUUUUCUUGGUCAACCAUCCCAAUCACUUUUUGGGUUUUCAGGCUGUUUACGAUGCAAACAAACUUUUUAAGUUAGUCGAUGAGAAGAAAAAAAUGCAUAACUGGCUUGAUUACUAUCAACUCAAAUAUGUUAGAGAUCCCUCUAAAAGGCCCACACUGAAGACUGGCUACCUGGGCCUCUUGGGAAAUAGGGUGGAUGCAAUUGAUUUCUAUACAUCUAAUAUUGAGAGACUAGCAAAAGAAAUAUCAGUGGAGAGAGAGGUCAUUGCAAAUGACACUAAAUAUGUCAUGCCUGCAGCAUUUGUUUCCUUUAAGACACGAUGGGCUGCUGCUGUUUGUGCACAAACUCAACAAACCAGAAAUCCAACUAUAUGGUUAACUGAAUGGGCUCCAGAACCUCGUGAUGUAUAUUGGGAAAACUUGGCAAUUCCUUAUGUUGCACUUGCAGUUAGGAAGCUCAUAAGUGGUGUUGCAUUCUUCUUCCUUACCUUCUUUUUCAUGAUUCCCAUUGCACUGGUACAGUCCCUUGCAAACAUUGAGGGAAUUGAGAAGGCAGUACCUUUUCUUAAGCCUUUAAUUGAGACCCACUUCAUCAAGUCAAUCAUCCAAGGUUUUCUUCCUGGGAUUGCUCUAAAGAUCUUUCUCAUUUUUCUACCAUCAAUAUUGAUGCUAAUGUCUAAAUUUGAGGGAUUUAUCAGCCGGUCAGCUCUAGAGAGGAGAUCUGCAGCUAGAUUUUAUAUAUUCCAAUUUAUUAAUGUUUUUCUUGGGAGCAUAAUCACUGGAACUGCAUUUCAACAAUUAAAUAGUUUUAUCCACCAGUCUGCAAAUGAUAUCCCAAAGAUCAUCGGAACCUCAAUUCCAAUGAAGGCAACUUUCUUCAUAACUUACAUAAUGGUUGAUGGAUGGGCUGGAGUUUCUGGGGAGAUUCUAAGAUUGAAGCCAAUGAUAAUCUACCACUUAAAGAAUUUCUUCACUGUGAAAACUGAAAAAGAUAGGGAAGAAGCAAUGGAUCCAGGGAGCCUUAGUUUCAACACAGGCGAACCCCAAAUACAACUCUAUUUCUUACUUGGCCUCGUUUAUGCCGUGGUCACCCCCAUUUUACUUCCUUUCAUAAUAGUAUUCUUCGGCUUGGCAUAUGUUGUAUUUCGUCAUCAGAUCAUAAAUGUAUACAAUCAGGAGUAUGAGAGUGCUGCUGCAUUCUGGCCUGAUGUUCACAUGCGCAUCAUAGUUGCAUUAGUUGUCUCACAGCUGCUACUAAUGGGAUUGUUAAGUACAAAACAAGCAGCUCAAUCAACUCCACUGCUCAUAGCACUUCCAGUCCUGACCAUAUGGUUCCAUUUUUUCUGCAAAGGGCGUUAUGAACCUGCUUUUGUUAGAUACCCAUUACAGGAAGCGAUGAUGAAAGAUACGCUGGAACGAGUAAGAGAGCCAAACCUGAACCUGAAAGGCUACCUUAGGGAAGCCUACUUCCACCCAAUCUUCAAAGCUGGGGAUGAUGACAGUGAGAUGGAUGAAGCAAAUGAAGUGGAGAUGGUGCAGAAGCCUGAGCUAGUCCCAACAAAACGCCAUUCCCGAAGGCAUACACCAAUGUCUAGCAUAGGCAGUGAUGCGCCCCUGCUGAACCAACCUGCCCCAAACUUGUAAAGAAAGGCUUCUUCUUGACCAUUCCUAGAGUGAGCGUGUGUGUGUUAUUAUGUACAUGGCCUCUCAGGAGGUUCUGAUGGCAUAAGUUGUGGAAAUAGAACUGAAAAAAAAUGAGACAAUUGGCAGACUCAAGUUUGUUAUGUACAGAAACCAACCAACCAACCAACCAACCAACCAAUCCCCCAAAGAAGGGGACAAUGAAUGUAAUAUUUUUGUUCAGACAAGCCCUUUUUGUCUUUUGAUGAAAUGAAGCAAAGCUUUUGGUUA